AUGAAACAUCUUAAUGAAUUCAUUGGCAAUAGUGAGCUUCAUGAUUUACCACUUCAUGGAAGGAGAUACACAUGGUGUAAUGCCCAGGAAUCAGAGAAAUGGAGCAGAAUUGAUAGAAUUUUACUAAGUCCUGAAUGGAUGCUUAAUUUCUCAAUGAAAUUGUGGGGUUUACCCAGGCUAAUCUCAGACCACUACCCUUUAUUAAUGAUGGAAGAUGCCAGAGAUUGGGGGCCAAAGCCAUUCAGGUUCCUAAAUGCGUGGACUCUUCAUCCCAGCUUUGCUCAGCUAUUUGUCUCAUCAUGGUCUGAUUCCUCUUUUGCUGGCUGGUCUGGGUACAUACUCUCCCAAAAGUUAAAGCGUCUGAAGCUAGUCUUAAAAUCUUGGAGCAUUCAGGUGUUUGGCAAUAUGGCUUCUAAAAUAAAAACUUCAGAAGAAGAGCUACAUGCUCUGGAUAUCACUGUAGAGGAAAGAGCACUACUGGCUUCAGAAAAGGCAAGAAGAAGGGAGGUUAAAGGUGAGCUGUGGAAGCUAUACAGAAUGGUAGAAUGGAUUUGGCACCAAAAAUCCAUAUUGAAUUGGGCUAUCAAUGGGGAUAAAAAUAGUAGAUUUUUUCAUGUGGUUGCAAGUUCUCGGCAGAAUGAAAAUCUCAUCAACUCUAUUUCAGUAAAUGGAGUGUCCAUUGAGGAUCCUACUGGAGUUAGGCACCAAGUUCUUCUUCACUUUAAGGCCCAAUUCUCUGAAUCAUGGGUUAAGAGGCCUUCUUUGACAGGGGUACUUAACAUCAUUGACCCGGAAUAUGUCUCUCAACAUCUGGUAGUUGAGUUCAGUGCACUGAGGUACUUGCAGCAAUCAAAGACUGUAACAACAACAAAGCUCCAGGCCCUGAUGGGUUCAACCUACUGUGUUAUCAGAAAUUCUAGAAGGUUAUGA